AUGAGUCAUCUUGCAGAAGUAUUACUCUUCCGGGAAAAUCUAGAGAGACCAAUUGUUCUGAUACUUCUCAAGUCAUAUCAAUCCAAAAAUUCUGACAUAUCCAGCAAAGUGAAAUAUCUGAGGCUAUUAUAUUAUCCUUCAGUCUUACUUUCAAACAAGCAACUUUGCAAUCACAAACGUAUUCACAAACAAGUCAAUGCUCCUGUUGCUAAAGAAAACUUACAGGAACCAAUUAUGCAAUCUGCUUCAGCACAAACAAAUCUAGAGGAUGAACAUGUCUACAACGAUAACAUCUUUACCAACAAUAUCUUCACAACAUCCGAGCUAUUCAGCAUUUGCUUGAACGAUUUUGUAAUCGAUUUUGAGGUUUCUACAGAUCUGCAUAGUCUACUUGUAGAUCUUAUGAACAUGAAUACAACCCAAAAAAUCUUGCAUGCCGGGCCUGUCAACACACUCAUCAAAAGCAAGACUGACUUGAAGUCUUAUGAGUAUGACAUUUGUGAGAAUGUUUGCUCGCUUUUUGAUAUCACCAAGAAUGAAGAAGAAUGCUCCAUUUGCAAGGCUCACAGAUACAAGGAGAUCGAUGGUGAUUCUUCUUUGGUACCAGUAAAUACCAUGAAAAUGAUGUCACUUGGUGACCAACUUGCGAGACUUCUUGGUAACAACAAGACAAGAUUAAAGUUGCAAUACAGGGCCAACAGACAAUCCAUUUCAAAUGAUAUGUCUGAUUACUUUGAUAGUGAAGAGUACAAGACUCUAAAAGAGCAGCAGCUCUUUGAUUCCCCUGAUGACAUAGCAAUUGCUCUGUUUCUUGAUGGUUUUUUCAAUGGCAAGCAGAUUAAAGCCAAAGUUCACAUGGUUAUGACCUCUGGUGACAUUCCUCAAGUUACCCAAUUUUGUCACCACACAGGUCACAUGUCCAACAAAGGUUGCUGGAUAUGUGAGGUAGAAGGUGUCAGCCCUCCCCACAGUAAAGAGAAAUACUACCAGAACCAUUGUGCCACUUUGAGAACAAAGAACGACUUUGUUAAAGGUAAAAAAGCUACUGGUAUUAAAGAGGCAAACAUUUUUGCCCGAUUGCCCACCUUUAGUGGAUCUUACUUCUAUAGACUUGAUGAGAUGCAUUUAAUUGGCCAUGGAAUAGGCAAACUUAUUUACAAACUAGUUGUACUUUCCAACACUGAGUCAUUGAAAGCUUACUGGCCAAAGAGUGAAGACGAAAGUCAUUUCCUGAAAGAGAGAUAUACCUUCUCUCUGAAGGAAAGUGAUGUUAAGCUGGCAGGCAUAAGGGCAAUCAAUUACAUUGAUUUCCUUUUGUAUGUUGUCCCCACUCUGCUGGUUCCUCUUUUUACAAGACAAACAACUCGAAAGGCACUCCUGGCUCUGGUAAAAGAUUGCUCUAUAUGCUUGCAGUGGAAUUUAAAUGAGAAUAUGAUAGUGGAAAUGGAAAACAAUCUUAAUAUUUGGCAUCAGUUUUUGGAUUCUGAGAUUACAAAAAAAAAUCUAUCAGUCAGAGUCUUCUCUCCCGUAAACCAUUAUAUUACUCAUAUUAGUCUUAUUACAAAAAAGAUGGGUAAUUUAAGGGUAUACAGUACCAGAUCCAUGGAACAAACAAUUGGCAGAUAUUCUAAGUUAAUCAAAAAUUUCGAUGAAUUAGUGAAUCUAGUUAUAUCCACAAGGACAUCUCUGGACAACUUCCUGGAACUUUCAUCUCUCUCUCCCUACAAUUAUGAUCAUCAACUCUGGAGUCUGUUCGAAACUAUACCCUAUAUACAAGAAUUUACCAACAUACCCACAUUUACCAAGGAAUUACAAACCUUUUAUACCCAAUCUAAUUCACAGCAAACCGAUCCACAAUAUACCAUGAACACAAUCCAGAUAGCAGCGCGCGCCUUAAUUGGUAGCCAUGUAUAUAGUUCAGAAAUGUACAGAAGAAAGAGAUCAGAAUUCCGUCAAGGCAAUCAUUAUAUAAAAUUUCAUGCCAUAUACCAAAACAAAACUCACUGGUUUAUUGGGUCUGUUGUUUUUUAUUUCUCACAUAACAUCUCACCUCAUGAUGAAAACUGCAGGCAGUUUCUCAUGUUGCUAAGUGUUAUGAAUGAUCACUCAGCCACCGACUAUGACAAUUCCAUUCCAGUUGUAACUCUAGAUGCAACUUCAAUAUACCAAAGAUUAGUAGUAAUUAGUCUAAAUGAUAUCCAAAAUCAAGUCGGCUUAGUCCAAACCGCUAUGGACUCAAACAAAUAUAAAGUAGUUGCUUCAUAUUAUAUAUUUAAUGAAUAUAUAAAAAGUACUGCUGGAAAAUUAAGCCAUAUCAAACUGUAA